AUGAUGAGGGUAUCUUUUGGUGCUACGGUUUGGAGUCUCCUGGCUCCGGGGAUUGCUGCUGCUGUGGGACUCCCCGACAGCCAUCCAUCGGUUGGGGUGUUGUCCAAGUUCAACUUUAAGUGUCCCUACGCCGAAGAAUGGGUCACCAAAGGACCACUCCAGGCCGCCUUGGAUCUUGGUCUGGUGCAAAAUGUCACUACCAUCACCACCUCAAAAUCUGGUGGAAGGCAACAGCUUCGUCGUCGCACUCAGCAGGAUAUGAUCGUGGCUGGAUCCUGUGUCUACACCAACGCUUGGUCGGGGCAAGUGGCUUGCUUGGAAAUGAGAGGUGACGCUUGGACGGGUGCCACCAUGGAGUCACGUUGUGCUUCGGAAACGGAUUCUACAUUGACGGCCGGGGCUCCCUGUGCUGUUCCAGACGGAAUGACGGGUUGGUGUUUGGUGGGUGAAGAUGGGUCCAUUGAGGCGACUCCCAUGGCAGGUGACAACAACUGUGGACAAACACAGAGCGCUUGUGAGACUUUCAUGACGGGAACCUU